AUAGAAACCAAAAUAAAGAAUAAGUGAGAGAUACACCAUUCGAAAAACAUGGCCAAAUCCACCAUAGCCUUCUCUGCGCUUCUUCUCGCGUGCUUCGUCCUGUUCGAGCUGGGGCUCGCCAAAGAUGCUCAUCAACCGGCGCCGGGUUACGAUAGCUCCAUCGAACCGUGUCUCAAAAACAUGACCGAAGAAUGCGGAAUCGAGAUCUUUCAGAAUAUCUUUCACGAGGGCCCCGAGGUCACCGACCCUUGCUGCGGUGUUCUGCUGAAGUUUGGUCAUCCUUGUCACUCUGAGCUCAUUGAGAUCGUCCUCAGCACCGGCAAAUUCGCGCCUCGCGAAUCGGAGAUCUUGCAGAAGAGCACGGCCGCAUGGAAGCGUUGUCGUUCGAUCGUCGAAGGACAUUGAUUGGUUAUGAUGUAUCAAAUCGUUAUGACUAUCUUACACAUUGUUGAUCAGUGGAGAUGGCGAUAGGGAGAGGACUUUGUUAUUCCUUGCGUAUCUCACAUGCUAAAUAAAAUUACUUGAUAGCCAUCUUUUUCUCUUU